AUGCCCGCCUUGGCAGCCAAUGAUAGUGAGUCAUCAGCCCAUUUCACUGUUGUGAUCGUAGACCGGCCCAGCUUUUGCCUGUCAAUGUGGGGUGGUUGUGCUCCACCUUUCGCUCCGGAGCGGCAGAUAAUGCAGCCCGACUGUCACCCGUCACGCGUCUUGGCUCACCCCACCUCGAGUUUGGCUCGGCUGUCUCGACGCGCAGUUGCCAGCACGAUUGCCCAGGACGCGCGAUUGUGGCAGGUGAGUCGUACACUUCGGCUCGAAGGUGAUGAGGUACAUUCAAUCUCACAGACAGCGAGAAACGGCGAUAUUCAGUCCCUGAUCGCGCGCCAGGACGAGUUCGUCGCCGACUUGCUAUCGCGCCUGCUCGUCGCCUCAAGCGAAUCCGCCGCGGCGUCGGCGUCGGUGCCAAACCCGUCCCACGUCGCACCGUCGCCCCCGCUAAGCUCGGACUACAACGCCGACGACCGCGAUGACCUCAGAGUCGCUCGACAUGCCUGGGAUGCACUCAAAGCCUAUUCCGAUUCCCUUGAGGAGCGCGUCAAGGUGAGCUCACGAGAUGGCACCGGUGAUGAUCGGAGAUGGGGGAGGUGGGGCUUUGACUUCGCGUGUGUGAGGCAGCCGCGCUAACUCGACUUGGAAUCGGCAAUUUGCUUCUGCUACUCGCUAAUCAUUCCUGCUGCAGGUCAUCGACGAAGAGCGCAAACAAGCUUUGAAGAUCGUCGCCGAACAAGAAGAUACGAUCGCUCAGCUGCGACUAAAUGUGAAAGAACGAGCCCCGGCGCACUCUCCUAUUCUCGUCCCGCCGGUCAGCUGCAUUGACAACGGCAAUGGAGAGCGUGCUCGUGAUAUCGCAGCGCUCAUUUCGGAUUCAACUCGCCUUUCGUUCGUGAUUGUGUUCCUCGAUCUGUGAGUUGAGGCGCGCUGGCUGGCCUGUCACAUUCUAGUGCUUACCCCUGGGCAAUCGAUUCAGAACAUCGGCGCCUUUCUCCGACGCGCUGAUCAGCCAAGGCAAGACCGGCGGUCUACAAGCGGCCAGCCAGCUUCGGUGAGUGUCAUAUCCGUUGAACAACGAGAGUGGUUCAAUAGGCUGAUCGAGAGCUGCAAUGGGUCAGCUGGGAGAUCGAAAAGGAUGUUCGAGGUUAGUGGGUGCGCGACGAAAUGGAGACUUCGGGCAGGCGACUGACGCAUCAGUUUCCGGACAGCCAUCGGCGUCGAUCAAAGUACAAUAUCCAAUGAAGAAGGCAAAGAAACCCAAAUUAUCAUCUUCGCCUACUACGACAAGACGUCGCUGGCUUCGAUGCUCCUCAAGGUCACCUCUCGCCCAUUAUGAGCGGCAUAAGUGGAGCGCCGUGACUGACAGUUCUUAUCCGUCGAUCCUCAGUGCCGUGUCAUUACCUCUGGAGCCACCUUUGACGAGUUUUGCAUGGCUUUCAACUCGGCUGAGCUAACUUCGCUGGUCGACAUCGGCCGCGCUCCCGUCGAAAGCAAGACUGGGCCCAUGCUCAUGCUACUCGGCUCCCUAAAACCGCUCAAGAGGAUUUACAUGAUCGGAGUCCAUCCUGACGCCGUUGGUUAGUACAUCUUCUCCAUUCUCCAAGCCACUUGGUAAAUCUCUUACCUUCGGUCAGGUGCACAGUUUCGACUUGUCCUUCGCUUUGCCCUGGCGGGGACCGUCCACGAAAUGAGGUUAUCACCUCCAAGCUUGUAGCGUACGUCACAUUUUAGCGGGCUCGCGGGCUCGGACGAGCAAUGGGACUGAACAAAUUGAUUUUGCUUCUUCAAAGCGUGAACUUCCUCGAGGAUGAGGAACAUAUAUCCGCUUUGGAGUUCGUCGGCUGGCGCACGAUCACUUUUCAACGACUGUUUUCCCACCGUAUCGUCGACACAUCGUGCUGGAAGCAAUGGGCUUCUACUCCGUACGAAGAAGAAGAGCAGGAUUUGUACGACUAUGAUAAUAGCCAUCAGGAUGAUGCCGACUCUAGCCAAGGCGAAUGGUCCCCCGUCUUUUCACGCAUCUCGUCAAAAGCGCACUCUCCCAAAGCCCCCUCGGCGGCGGCGAAGUGGAGGAGGAUCAAUCCAGCUGUGCCUGGAACGAGAUUUCGCGACGAAAAGAAAGCCGGUCUUAACCCCGGCAUGCGUCCUCUCGACACCAACCGUGGCUUCCUGCAACAGAAUCCCCAGAUCUGCGUGUUCCACUAUCUCAGCGGUAACGGCUGCACUGCGCGUGGCACUUGUGGUCGUGCCCACGACUACGAUCUCAACUCGAGGCAGAUCAAGCAUCUCAGGGAAGAUGUCGCAAGGCACCCUUGCAAAGUGUCUUUUGUUUCUUAUAAUUUCAGGUAUCUGGAUGUCGCCCGAGCUGACAAUGCCUGAGUUCCGCACGUUCUGCAGGAGCUGCGCAACACCGGUCGCUGCACCUGGGCGGAAACCAACAGCGGCACCAAGUGCAUGUAUUCACAUGUACGCGCAUCUUCUAGAAACCAUCGCGUUCCGUAG